AAAUUCGUGGAAAACGUCAAUAAUUGGUUGAUUUUCUUUCCUCAUUCAGGCGAACUUUAUGUCACAAAGAUUGAGAAACAACUUUUUCAUCUAAAAUAAAGUUUUUAAAAGAUGUUUCUGGUUCCUUAUUGGACCGAUCAACUGUCUGUUUGAUUGCACUAAAGAAUCCAACCGGAACUGCCAGGAAAACGAACAAUUUGACAUACGCAAAUAAUUGAACCAGACUGCGUGGGUGGACGUCAAGUUUAUUGCAAUGAUGACAUCACAAAACAAGUGAAACUUUAUUCAGUUGGCUAACAAAGUGCUGUUUGAAAUACAUAUAAUUCGAAAAACCAAAAGAAUCAUGUCCUCCAUUGGGAUAGAAGUCAGCAAAUGCGAUACGCAGGAUGAAAUAUUAGAACACGACGAGGCCAACUGCACGCCAAUGACUCUGCUAUCGGAUAAUGGACAUCACCAUCUGUUUCUAUCAACUCGUAAACCAGUGUCUGACGAUGAGUUUGAUUUUGAUUCAGCCUUCAGUUCCGAGUCAAAUAAUGUGUUUACUGAUGAGGGAGUUGAAGGAGCCGAUGGAGGACCUCAUGAGGAAAGACUGAAAUCUUUAGAGGAUGAACACGAGGUACUGUCUUCGAACCUGAUCGCACUAACAUCGCACUUUGCACAGGUUCAAUUGAGGUUACGCCAAAUUGUUGAAGCACCACCGGAAGAACGUGAUGGUUUGCUCAAAAACCUUGAGGAAUUUGCCUUUCUAGGUAUUCCAGAAAUGCAGCAAAAUCCGGUCAAGAAAAACAUUCCUGAAAUAGUCGCAAGUCUCGAUCAAAGUCCGGAAUCGGUGGAAAACCUUCGAGAGAAACAGCACGCCUUGAUUGAUCAACUCAAACAUCAAUUGAUGGACCUGGAGCAUUAUGCGUAUGAAUCCGGGGCCGGUAUACUUCCACAUACGAUACUUCUUGAGAAACAGAAAGUCAUCAUAGAUGAGAUUAAGAACAAAAUUAAUCUCAACCUUAACGAACUAGAUCUACCCCAGCUCACAACGGAAGAUCUCCGAAGUCAGGUGGAUUCCGCUCUAGAUGAACAGCUUGUUAAUCCAUUGAAAAUGAAGGAACAACUUGUAUCGCAGCUCAAAACUCAGAUACAAGAUCUAGAACGGUUUAUAAGUUUUCUGCAAACCAACGAGAAGGCAGAAAUCAAAAAACGUUUUCUAGAACAACAAGAGCUAGCCAAAGCUGAAGCAGCUGGUCGCGCUGAAGCUCAAGAACGUGCUAAAGUCAAACGAUCUUUGGCCUAUGGCAAUCGCCACGAGAAGCCCUCUUCAAGUCGGGAUGGUUCAGAGACAGCAUCCAAGGAGACCUUCAAUGCUAAAGCUUUAGGUUUGAUGGACAGAGCAAGCACAAUACUGCAGAUGUUUGCACUAUCGCAAUUCAACUGUGGUAGCGAUCGAAAUCGUGAAAACUUCCAGUGCAAUAUGAUGAAACAGUCCAAAGAAAAUUGCUGGGGAGAUACACGAGCCAAGCUUGAGAUUGAUAUACAGGAGGUUAUAUCUUUUGCGAUGGACAUGCAAGACGAUCUACAACUAUCGGAUACGGCCAGCGAUAGUGGCGAAUCACAUGUACCUACAAACAGUCGGAAGAAUUACGAAUUGACCAUGUUAGUUCGCAAACAAUUGGCAAGAACUAUUCAAGGUCUGAUGCAACAUGGCCUCAGAGGAAUUUCUGAGAGUAGUGGAAGUCUGGUACCGUUUAUCUCCGGAUGUUUUUCGGGAGGAAACUAUCGUCAGCAACCCCAACCAACAGUCGGCGAAGAUCGAUUCUAUCGAAGCGAAACAAGAAGAAAAAGCACCGGUGGCAUCGCUAGAACUGCAACUACGCCUCCGAAACGUCAAAAUAACUCGGUUGUGACAGACGAUGAGAUAACCAUCGAAGAGAACCUAUUCAUGCAGCUGGACGAUGACGAUGACGAGGAAGUUGCAUAUUACGAUGGCAGCGAUGAGACUGAGAUGCACGCCUGGGAACUGUUACUUAUUUAUUACAAUAUCAAAAAUGGAGAUCGGUACAAUUCAACUCCAGCUAGGAAACUCUCGGAAAGCUUCAACCUCGACCUGGUGGAUGGAAGACCCCAAUCGAACAAGCAGAGUUUAUUGAGUGCCAUCGGGACUAUCAUUGCUUUGCAUAGACCAUACAAAAGAAGUUAUAAUUCACAGUUCAAGGCUUUUAUCUGCGCCGCUUUAAACGCCCAGAAGUUAACACAGUGGUUACACCUGAUUUACCAAUGCAAGGAACUUGUGACGUCGUACUACGCGAGCUGGAGCUACGUGGCCAAUACAGGAUUCCGCGACGCACUGAAAUCGCUCGAUCGGUUAACCCAGUAUCGAUUCGACCUACCGGUGGAUUUGUCGAUUCGACAAUUCAAAAACAUCAAGGACGUUUUCAUGUAGACAUGUGACGAUAAACUUGCUAUUUUUUUCCUCUCUUUCAAAUCCCACUCUGCACCAGUUAGAUAAUCUGUAACGACUACACCGAGAUUCAAUGCUUAUACCAUAAAGAACUGAUUCUGAGCGUAAAACCCGGAAACAAUGCACAUAUUGACUAAAAAUAACUAAUCAUACACCAACAUUCCGUUAUUUAAUGAUUGAAAAGAUUUUCUAGUCAAAAGUAACAAUAUAUUUUCCCCUCCUAACUAAGCGGUAUUUUCAUCAUCAACUCACAAUCAGUCAUGGACAAAUAAUGCUUAUUCUUGCAUACAGUAUUUUGAAAACGAUCUUAAAUUUUUUAAACUUAAAACAUUUAAAAAAAUCCUUAACAAGGUAUAUAUUUAUUUCAUAGCAUCUUAGCGCAGGUUAAAUAAAUUGUGGUUAUGUCAGUUUAAUGAACACAAUCUGACAAAUUAGGUUUAUCUCGAAAAAGCUGUUCUUUAAAACGUGCCAUGAAAAGGAUAUCUUGUGGUUUAAUUAACUUGGUAGUGUAUUUUUUUAUUUUGAGUUGUAAUAUAUAUGUCAAGUAGAAUUCUAAAUUAUCUCAAUAGGGUUUUUCUUUGUUUAAUUCUAGAUUUGGCUUACUCAUUUAUUCAAAAGCGUAUUUUAGCGUUUUUUUAGAAAGAAUUUAUUUCUAAACAGUUCAAAGAAUAAAAAACUGUUGAAUGAUCAAAACAAUAUUAACAAAUAAAAAAAACCACAAAUAUGGCGAUACACACUUUUAGUAUAUUUAUAUACAUACAUAUAUGUAAGAAGUAAACGUGCUUUCACAGGGAAGAGUGUAUUAUCUAUAAUAGCAAAUAAAUAUUCAAAGGUCAUGCAUAAUAAUGUUGCAACUACAUAUCAGGCAUAUUUUUCCAAAUAUCUGUUGAAAAUGGGUUUCGAUUUUGAACUUGUUACCACUUACUCAAGUAUAGGAAACGAUGGUUCAAUAAAAUCGAAACUCAAUUUUCGACAGUUGAGAUCAUUCAAAAAUAAUGCUUGAUUUCAACUAAAUAAAUGCAGUAAAUAUUGACAAGUCAUUCAAUAAUAAAUGAACAAUAGGAAAGUGGUGCGCAUAAAGACGAAACAUUAUAGAGAAAGACAUGACAUUACACGAAUACGGUGCAAAUAAGCAAGGAAAGACCUAAAAUAAUCUGUUCAAAGCUAUACCAUAUUUGUUAUGUUUAUUGAUCUAGAUUUGUUAGCAUUUGUCGAGGGUAGCAGGAGAAUCUGUUUCUAGCCGACGAUAUAUUAAAAA